UGUGUGUGUGUUUCAUUAUUGUGAGUCAUUAGAUAUAUAGAUAUAGAUAUAAUAUAUCUAUAGAUUGAUUAAUUAAGUCGUGUCGCCGAAAGGUGUAAAAAAACCCCCACCCAACUCAAGUCGGCUCACACACAUACACACCCAACCAACCAUUUAUAUCCCCUUUUUCCGGUCAACUCUCCUCCACCACUACCACCACCAACCACCACAAUCAAUCAAUCAAUCAAUCUCUAAUUAGGGUUUCUAUUUCCCCCCCUUUUUUUUAUUCUUUCUUUCAUUUCUUCAUCAAAUGAUUUAAUUGAGAAAAAAAUGAUGGAAAGUCAAAGUUUGGUAGCUGAAAGUCAACAUCCGGUUCCUAAUUCUGUUAAUCCACCACCGCCACAGCAACAGCCACCGCCACAGUCACAGCCACCGAUUGUAACUGUAAAUGAUUCAGUGAAUAACGGAGGAUUAGAAGUAGUGAUUAAGAAGAAAAGAGGACGUCCACCUAAAUCUCAAUCUCAAUUUCCAGCUCCACUUCAACUUCCUAAACCUAAACCGAAGCCGAAACCGGUAUCGAUUUCUUCGCAGUGUGUUCACAAGCAAAAAGAUGAAGAAGAUGUUUGUUUUAUUUGUUUUGAUGGCGGUAGUCUCGUUCUUUGCGAUCGCCGGGGAUGUCCAAAGGCGUAUCAUCCGGCUUGUAUAAAACGCGAUGAAGCAUUCUUUGAAUCCGCGGCUAAAUGGAAUUGUGGUUGGCAUAUAUGUAGUAUAUGCCAGAAGACGGCACAUCAUAUGUGCUAUACUUGUACGUAUUCAUUGUGCAGGGGUUGCAUUAGAAAAGCUGAUUAUGUGUGUGUCAGAGGUGAUAAAGGUUUUUGCACAAUAUGCAUGAAAACCAUCAUGUUGAUCGAGAAUAAUGGUCAGGGCGAGGAUGGAAAGGUUCAAGUCGAUUUUGAUGAUAAACUUAGCUGGGAGUAUCUAUUUAAAGUGUAUUGGGUCUACUUAAAAGGAAAAUUAUCAUUAACUCUGAAUGAACUUAUGGAAGCUAAAAAUCCCUGGAAAGAGACAUGUACAAUAUCUUCAUCUCUUCCAUCAAACGGUGUACAUAACAAAGCCAUUGAACUGAGGAGCAUUACAUCACCAACAUCUGUUCAUAAUGUGGAGGAAAAUGAAUCUAAAAGAAGAAAAGUAGAUGAACAGAUCAAUAUACCCCCUGAAGAAACUGUAAAUAUGGAAAAACCAGAUAAUGCUAAAAGUGAAGGUGUAGCUGUGGUAGAGUGCAAGGACUGGGCAACAAAAGAGCUAUUGGAUUUUGUUGCACAUAUGAAGAAUGGUAAUACCUCUGAAUUGUCUCGGUUUGAUGUCCAGGCACUUAUGAUGGAGUACAUAAAUAAAAAUAAUCUUUGGGAUGCUAAAAAGAAAACUCAGAUCAUAUGUGAUUCUAGGUUAAAUAGUCUCUUUGGAAAACCACGUAUUGGUCACAUUCAAAUCUUGAAGCUUCUAGACCACCACCUUUUAGUAAAAGAAAACUUGAUUAAAGAAAACUUGGUUAAAGAAAACUUGCGGAAGACCAGGGUUAAACGGACUGCAGUACCAGAAGAUGCUGAUUGGACCAGUGACAAUGUGUCGACUAUAGGGAAAGAUAAAAAACGUAGGAAUCUUGAUAAGGAUAAAGAAGACGCAUUACAGAAUAAGUUGGACGAUUUUGCUGCAGUUGAUGCUUACAAUAUGAAUUUGAUAUACCUGCGGCGUGAUUUGAUGGAAAAUCUUUUAGAAGAGAGUGAAAAUUUUCAUUGCAAGGUAGUUGGGUCAAUUGUCAAAAUAAGAAUAUUGGGUAGUGAUCUGAAGCAUGAUAUGUACAGACUUGUUCAAGUUGUAGGUACAAGUAAGGUGGAUGUACCAUAUAAGAUUGGGAACAAAUCGACGGAUGUUAUGCUUGAAGUCUUAAACUUAGACAAGAAGGAGACUAUAUCAAUUGAUACCAUUUCAGACCAAGACUUUUCCGAGGAAGAAUGCAGACGUCUGCAACAAAGUAUAAGAUGCGGUCUUGUAAAUCACUUCACUGUAGGUGAAAUACAAGAAAAGGCCGUUGCCUUGCAGUCACUCAAGCUAAAUGAUUGGAUGGAGAAGGAGAUAUUGCGGCUCACUCAUCUUCGUGACACGACUAGUGGAAAAAAAAAUAAGAAGGGCUAUAGAGAAUGUGUGGAGAAACUUGAACUUCUGAAAACUCCAGAUGAGCGUGAGCGCAGGCUACAGCAAAUUCCGGUGGUUCAUUCUGAUCCAAAAAUGAAUCCACAUUAUGAAUCAGAUGACACUGAAGAGUAUUUCAACAAAGAACAUGGAGAUCACAUGGAGUCUAAAUAUUCUGGUGUCAGCAGCAAGAGUUCACGUUCUCCUAUAAAGAGAGCAGGGAGAUCAAACGAUGCUGAUAAUUGGUCACCGAAAGAUGAGAAACUAAGUAUGAAAGGGGGAUCUACCAAAGAGACAGUGAGCAUACAAGUGGAAAAAGUGGCCUUGGCUUCAACAUUGGAACAUUCACAACAGGAGGUCGAUUUUAAGGGUUCAACAGUUACCAAGUUGGAUCAGCAAGCCACAAUAAGGUCACCAGUAUCCAACAAUUCACCAGAAACAAUAGCUUCAUCUCCUAAUGAUUCAGUAUGGCAUUACCUUGAUCCAAAUGGAAAAGUUCAAGGCCCAUUUUCUCUCAUACAGCUUCAGAGGUGGAAUACAACUGGAUAUUUCCCUGUUGAUAUGAGGAUAUGGGCGAACCACAAGGACAAAUCCCUGCUUUUGAACGAUGUUCUAAGAGACCAGUUCAGCAACUAUGAGAACGUAAUUCUUACCAACAAAGUUAGUAAUCAAGUUGAAGGUCACAAUGUUUGCAGGGCAGCUCCAUCAUCCAUUGUUGCUGCAACUCAGUAUGCCGAGGAGAAGUUAGCUGACAAUAAUGGUUCCUCAGGACAAUCUUUUGGACAGAACUGGAGUGCUAAUAAAACUUUGAACUCUAGCCCCUUAAAUGAACCAACUGUACACCUUAAUCCCGUAAGUGGAGCUGAUAUCAGGCAUGCCCCUGCAGCUGUCAUUGAUUUGCCUGCUCCUUCACCAAAGAAGAUGGUAGAUGAAAAGGAGAAGAUACUAUUGGUUCAGGAUUCAGGGAACCCCCCAAGUUGGAGUAGUGCUUCAAGUCUAGUAGUUGGUGGGGGGGCGAAAGUCCCAGUUUCUAAUGAAUGGGAUGGAGGUUCUUUUCCAGCCAAACGUGAGCAGUGGGUUGACUCAGGAAUUGUAUCCGUUUCUUCUUUUAAAACUCCAGAGGUUGCAGGGGAUCAUGUUGCUACUCCGACCUCCAACAUUGACCACAAUGUUAAUCAAUCACAGCCUGCAGGUAAUGAUUUUACAACAUGGCAUGGAAUGGGCGAAAUGAUCGAGUUUAGCACUUUAGCAGAGGAAUCCGUUUCAGAUCUGUUGGCUGAAGUGGAUGCUAUGGAGUCACAACAUGGGUUGCCAUCACCCACUUCAAGGAGGAACAGCUUUGUUGAUGAUUUGUUUAAUGGGUCAUUUGAUGAGUUCAGUCCUACCCCUGAUCAGGGUACAAGAAGCGAUGGUUUUAGCUCUAGUGGAGAUAUUCAAUUACCUUGUCAGUCCACGAACCCGGCUACCACCACGACCACAACCGCUACCACAGAUGAACAUCUAGUUGGUUUUGAUUUUAUGAAGACAUCAAAUGGGGUUCAGCAACAUUCCUUUAUCACUCCUGAUGUGGCUGUUAGUGGUAUUCCUCACAGAACAAAUUCCGAGAGUUUGGGUUUUAAGUGGACGGAUAUGGAGAGAGCUCCACAGGGAAUGAUUGACAUAAAUGCAUCUGCUAAAGCAGAAGGUGAUGAGGGAGAGAUGGAAACAAAAAUUGGUGAAGUGGAAGCGAAGGAAAAUGGAAAUUACAAUUUUCAUCAGUCACUUGCACAAGGUGAUACACGUCAUAGUCAUGGCGGUUCUGAAACGAGUCAUGGAGGGCCAGGAGGUGGCAUUGUACAAAAUCCAGAACAAAUGCUGGAAACAAAGUCUGGCGAACCCAUGCAAGCACCAAAGAGCUUUGGUAUUGGUGCAAAGUUAGUCAGCAGAGUUGCUCAGAUCAAAGGGUUGGAAGGUACAACCAACCACAGGAGAGAAGACACGGAGGAAGAUGGUGAAUUUAUCAAGCCAGAAGAGUCACAACAACAAAAACAAUUGCCUCCACCACCACCGCCGCCGCCCUUGACAUUGGGACUGGAUCCAUUUGACCCGUCUAACUUGCAAUCAGACACAACUCAAGGUAAAUCCAAUCAUACAGGAAGACCAGGUGAAGGUCGGAGUGGGAACAUAGGGUGGGACCUGAACCCGAACACCGAUCCAAACUCAACCUUAAACCCAAAUCCAAGCCCAAACCAGCGCAGGUCUGGUUCGGAAAGGUUCAACAGUAGUAGUAAUAGCCCGCGAGAGAGAAGUCAUCAUGUUGAGGAGCCAGGAUAUACCAGGAGCAGUAGGAGUUCGUCGAACAAACAGUCUACAUUGGGUAGUGGUAAUGGGAACGUAGGGUGGGACCUGAACCCAAACCCAAACGCUAAUCCAAACCCAAAUCCGCGCAGGUCUGGUGGGGAAAGGUACAACAGUAAUAGUAAAAGUCCACGGGAGAGAAGUCAUCACGUUGAUGAACCAGGAUAUACCAGGACCAGUAGGAGUUAUUGGAACAAACAGUCUUCCUUGGGUACCGGUAGCGGUGGAGGUCAUUCAAAGCCACCAUCUAAAGGGCAGCGGUGUAGAUAUUACGAGAGCGGCAGGUGCAAGAAGGGAGCUUCCUGCAAGUAUCUGCACACACCAAAAUGAGAGGGUGGUGUGUUGGUUGGUUGGUCCUCAUUUUGGUUGGUUUGUUGGUUGGUCCUCCUUUUUGUAUAAUCAGUUAAUUAAUUAAUAUAUGAAUAUCAAUAUUAUGAUAAUUAUUAUUAUUAAGGCGUGUUGUCAGGUGGCUCUAUAUCUGUUAGUUUUUAGUCAAUGUAACUGGUGUCAAUUAAAUUAAAUUUUCAGGGUCAUAAAGAUCAA